AAACAAAAUUAUUUUGUAAUUUGUAUUCAAAAUGCUCUAAAAUGCAAUAAAUCAUAAUAUUCGUGAUUUAUUUUUUCUUAUUACCUACUUUAAUCAUUUUCUUUUAAAUCUGGUAGUUUUCUAAAACGGGUGUUGAUAUUAUUGAUACCUACUGCAGACAAUAUCAUUCAUAAUGCCCCGGUUGAAGAAAAGAUCUUUGGAAACCAAAGCUAGGAUAUCGCGAAUGAAACGAGCCGAAAAGCGAAGAGAACAAAUUUUGAUUUUAAAAACACAAGCCGAAGAAAUGGAAAUUUUAUGUCGUGGUAUAAGAAGUGAAGGAGCUCUUGUACCACCUAUCAGACAAACAGCAUCAAUAUUUAAACAGCCAGUUACUGUUCAUAAGAACCAGGAAGGAAAAGUUAAAACAGACUUCAAACACGGAAGACAAGAAAAACCUAGACAAGUAUUUUGGGAGAAAAGACUUGAAGGUAUUCGAGCAUCAGAAAAAGAUGGUUAUGAAUUAGGUACCAGAUGGACUGGUCUAUUGCGACCUGCUGGUCCUCAUGUUAGUGACGAUACUCUAUUGCAGAGUGUAGCAACUGCUUUACAUGUAUGUGCUAUGCCAGUGACUGGACAACCUCCGAUGCGAUCUCAUUACGAUAAAGAAAUUGUGUAUCGGAUUCCAGAUCAACCACUUGUCCAGGAGGUGAGUGUAACCGUCGAAGACAUCAAAAGUCAAGAAGAACGUGUAAUAGCAGCCAGAAAACGACUUCAAGAAAUAAUGGUGAAAAUCAAAUAAAAUUUUAGUAUAUUUUUCUCACUUUUUUAAUUUUUAUCUUUUAUGACUUAAUUAAUAUUAAUAAUAAUAUGCAAAUAAAUUUAUAUUUUUUUUGAUUUCAUCCUAUUGUUUGUGUCUUAUUAAAAACUUUUUGACCUGUAACUACUUAACACGUUGACUGCCACAUAGCCACUGACAGUCAUUCAAUUGGCAUUUGUUAUAUGCCAAGCAUAUUUUUCAAUGUAUUCCAAAUUUUU